CCCGCCAGGUGGCAGUGGUUGGCUCGGCAGCUCUCAACACUACCUCGAGACAACGACGAAGAAGAAGAAGAAGCAGCUGCAGUAACGACAGUCUCGUUAUGGUUUAGCGCAGACUGCGACCCGUAUCGUACGGUGGCGCAGGUUCGUUUAAAGGGCUGUUCAGGCGUAUUUCGCAAUCGCAUGUAGGGGUGUACUAGCAGAAAGCAGGGCACAAGCAGAUCCCGCUCCAGCAUGAAUGAGUCGGACGGACUGCGCUUCAGGAGGCUGAACAGACCUCAGAUUAUAACAGAUGAGUCUCAGGAGCACCAUCACAAGAGCUCAAGCACCUACAGCGGAAAGGUUUUCCGGGUGACCUUUCUGACACUGGGGGCUAUACUGCUACUCCCCCUGCUUGCCAUUGUCCUGUUGCUGGAGUCUCCUAUCCAGCCCGAGGUCCUCAGCCUCAAUGAGCCGCCUCUCUUGGCGGGCUGCUUUGAGCCCAACCUGAAGCUGAGGCAGGCUGAGAGGCUGUUUGAAGACCAGCUGGUUGGGCCAGAGUCCAUCGCCAACAUUGGAGAUGUGUUCUACACUGGUACGGCUGAUGGGAAGAUUGUGAAGAUUCAGGAUGGGAAGAUACAUGUCUUGGCUAGAUUGGGAAAGCUGCCCUGUGGUUCCCGUGAUGACGAGCCAACGUGUGGGCGACCCCUCGGCAUCCGUGUGGGGCCCAAUGGCACCCUGUUCGUAGCGGACGCCUAUCUCGGCCUGUUCGAGAUCAACCUGGUUACCGGCGAGGUGGAUACCCUGGUGUCAACCAGGCAGGUGGUGGAGGGACGGAGGCUGUCUUUCGUAAACGACUUGGAUGUGACGCAGGACGGCACAAGAGUGUACUUCACAGACUCCAGCAGCAGAUGGCAGCGCAGGGACUUCCUCCACCUUGUCAUGGAGGCGACAGCAGAUGGACGAGUCCUGGAAUAUAACACCGUCACCAGGGAGGUUUCCGUGCUGAUGGAAGGCCUCCGUUUCCCCAACGGGAUCCAGCUCUGCCCUGACGAGGAGUCUGUGCUGGUGACGGAGAUGACCAUGGCCAGGAUACGCAGAGUCCAUGUCUCAGGCCUUAACAAAGGGGGAAUGGACACCUUUGUGGACAACCUGCCCGGUUUCCCUGACAACAUCCGGCGCAGCAGCUCGGGCAGCUACUGGGUGGCCAUGUCGGCUGUGCGGCCCAACCCCGGCUUCUCUAUGCUGGACUUCCUCUCCCAGAGGCCCUGGAUCAAAAAACUCAUCUUCAAGCUCUUUAGCCAGGACAUGGUGCUGAAGCUGGUGCCCCGGUACAGCCUGGUACUAGAGCUAGGCGAGGGGGGGGCCUGCCGGCGGAGCCUCCACGACCCCCACGGGGUGGUGGCUGCCUAUGUCAGUGAGGCUCACGAGCACGACGGACAUCUCUACCUGGGAUCUUUCCGGUCGCCAUACUUGUGCAAGCUGGAUCUCAGCCAGGUGUGACCCCCCCCCCCAUACUUCAGCUCAGACAAGGACUGAAGAAUAACACUGGCUAACUGUGACAUGGCUCUCAGCCUCCUGCUGUUCUCCUUCCUUCCCCUUGUAAUGUGAUGCCCAGACCGGCUGUGUGUGUUACCCUGAUGACCCACCGCUCUUCAGUGUUACGCUUACACUAAUUUGUAUUUGCAGUGUAACUCAUCAUUUUCUGGGACUGGGAGGGACCAUUUCUGACACCGUUAUAAAGCAUAAUUGCUUUUUCUUUAAUGACAGCAGCUGGCAGAUUUUGUUUGCUCUAAAUGACUAUAGUGAUCCGCAAACAUUUCUCUGAGCAGGACGUCUGCUUGUCCAAUAGACACCUCAGACUAAACAGAAAUAAAAGUCACAAAUUGUC